GUUCUGUGAAAGAUGUCACGGUACCAGCAGUUUUUCAUUAGAUAUUUUUACAGUGGUGUACUAGUUCAUCUGCAUUUCUAAAGAGUGCACAUUUUGAAACUGCAGGCGUAAAAACAGCAUCACAAACAUAAAACGCAUGUCUUUGGUGACCGUUUACUGCAAAACAGCUCUGUAACUGACUUAAAAAAAAUUACUAACACUGAAAGUUUAAGAAUCGCUUUUUGGGAUAUGGUAUGUUUUAUUGUUCUCUGCACGGACACCGAAAUAGACAUCCAGUAAAAUGAGGAAAACAAAUCUGGACAAAAGUAAAACAUUGAACUAUGUACAGACAGAAAUAACAUUGACAUUUUAAUUUGGAAAAAAAAUCUGUCAAUAUUCAAUCAAUUUCAACUCUAACACACAUAACUCAUCACAAUACAAUGUGGGAUAAAAUUGUAAACAUAAAUCCUACACACUAUGUACAUAAUCAUCCAUUCAUGUCUAUUUCUUUGCACUAUUUGUAUUGUUUAAAACCUACAUAAUUGCUUUUUUUUCUUAUUUUAUAGUUGGUCAUUGGUGCUCUAUCAACAGAUUUUAUAUUUAUUUAUAAUAAAUCAGAUUCUGAACGUUUCUAUCUUCUAUGGUUCUAAAUUUAAAGCUCGUGAACGCGUACCGCGCCCUUAUUGGCUGGUACUCAAGUCAAUAGACAGAUCGACGGCUGCCUGAGCCAAUUACAGCCCGCGUUGUCGCUGUACUGGGCGUGGAUACAAGAGCCUAGUUUUUCUUGACUUUUCCGUCCAUUUCAGUUUAGCGUCACUACCACCAUCCUUUUUAACCGGGACAACAUGGCUACUGCAGCGAGCCGUUACUACAGCGAGGACGGCAGGGCAACGAAACGACAGAAAACCGACGGGAUGGCCACGGGAUACGAAGACCCACACAAGACCCUUCCAUCCGUUGUGGUGCAUGUCCGGGGGCUGGUGGAUGGUGUUACUGAGGCUGAUCUGGUGGAGGCCUUGCAAGAAUUUGGAGCAAUCAGCUAUGUGGUGGUGAUGCCCAAGAAGCGCCAGGCACUGGUGGAGUACGAAGACAUGAACGGAGCGUCCACAGCCGUGACCUAUGCGGCAGACAACCAAGUAUACAUCGCCGGCCACCCGGCCUUCAUCAACUACUCCACGAGCCAGAAGAUCUCCAGGCCGGGAGACUCCGAUGACUCCAGAAGUGUCAACAAUGUUCUUCUGCUCACCAUCAUGAACCCCAUCUACCCCAUCACCUCGGACGUCCUGUACACCAUCUGCAACAACUGUGGGCCUGUCCAGAGAAUCGUCAUCUUCAGGAAGAACGGCGUCCAGGCGAUGGUUGAGUUCGACUCCGUGCAAAGCGCCCAGCGGGCCAAGGCGUCCCUUAACGGAGCAGACAUCUACUCUGGCUGCUGCACGCUGAAGAUCGAGUACGCCAAGCCCACUCGUCUGAAUGUGUUCAAGAAUGACCAGGACACCUGGGACUACACAAACCCCAACCUCGGAGGCCCAGAUGGUGAUGGAGAUGGCAAUGGGAGCAAUCCAGAGGAUGUCAAUGCCAACCCCAACAAGCGCCAGAGACAGCCUGCUCUGCUGGGCGACCACCCUCCAGAGUACGGGGGCGGCUACCAUGGCUACGACGAGAGCUACGGUUCCCCGCCCUACGAGGGUCGCCGCAUGGGUCCACCAAUGAGAGGGCGCGGAGGCAGAAGCUACGGGCCGAGCUACGGGCCCCCUCCCCCUCCCCCCGGCGAGUACGGCGGCCACGCCGAGUCUCCAGUUGUCAUGUUGUACGGCUUGGAGCCUGUCAAGAUGAACGCCGACCGCGUCUUCAACAUCUUUUGCCUUUACGGCAAUGUAGAGCGGGUGAAGUUCAUGAAGAGUAAGCCCGGGGCGGCCAUGGUGGAAAUGGGAGACUGCUAUGCAGUGGACCGCGCCAUCACUCACCUCAACAACAACUUUCUCUUCGGACAGAGACUGAAUGUGUGCGUGUCCAAGCAGCAAGCCAUCGUCCCCGGUCAGUGCUAUGAGCUGGACGACGGCUCGAGCAGUUUCAAAGACUUCCACGGCUCCAGGAACAACCGGUUCACCUCGCCGGAGCAGGCGGCCAAAAACCGCAUCCAGCACCCGAGCAACGUGUUGCACUUCUUCAACGCCCAGCCAGACGUCACGCCAGAGAUUUUCAAUCAGAUUUGUGAUGAGCUCGGUGUCAAGAGCCCCGUCAACGUCAAAAUGUUCACAGGAAAGAGUGGCGCAGCCCCCAGCGACCGCAGUGCCUCAGGUCUGCUAGAGUGGGAGUCGAUCAACGAUGCCAUGGAGGCGCUGGCCCUGAUGAACCACUUCCAGAUGAAAAAUGCAGGUACGGCCGGUCCUUACCCGUACACCCUCAAACUGUGCUUCUCCACCGUUCAGCACGCUAACUGAGCGCCCCGUAGUAGCCCGUGAGAGACGAUUGGCCCACCAUUCCAACACGUUGUAACACGCCCAGAGAAAUCCCAUUUUCAAAAACACCUCAAAAUACUGUGAAACAAAAGGUAUUCACAAUGCAAUUGAUCCCUAAGGUGUAAGCUCCUCAUAUUUGGUACAGUAAGCAGAUCUAUCGAAUGCUCACAGGCAUCACAAAGUAUUGAUAUUUAUGCCCCAGAUGUGGUUUCUAGAGUAUCAGUACAUGUCUUCAAUAUUAAGUUGUCCUUUUUACUUUUUGUAUUAUGCUUCUACAGUAACCUGAGAUGUGAGAAAGCGUAUUUGAGCGAUUUGGUUUUAUGCUCGGGUGGUUCAGUGGCAGUGGACAACAUGGUUUUGUAAAAGAGUUGUCUUUUCGAACUUUUAUUAUUAUAGCUCACUUUUUUUUCUUUGUUAUUUUAAUUGAUGCCUAUUCAGUUCUGCGUUUCCGUGUCAGAUAUUCAGAUGGAGAAUUGUUUUGUUCUAAGAAAAUAAAA